AUGGAUCUUCAUUUCGCACAAUUUUACCACCAGAAAAAACUAAUUAACAACGAAAUCGAAGAUUUAGAAAUUCUUUCUCUUUAUCAAAAACAACAAGAGAAAUUUGUAAAAAAUAAAAAUCCCGUUAAAGGAGAUAACGCAGCAAAUAAAGUUAAAUACGAAAUUAUGGUUCGAGAUGCUAUUAUCGCUUUGAAGGAACCUAAUGGAAGCUUACGUCAAGCUAUUAAAGAUUUCCUCAUAAACACAUACAAACUUCCCGACAGGUCCUCUACGAACAAGCGUUUCCGAAUGGCAAUCAACAAAGGUAUCGAGAAAGGCAUUUUCUAUCUUCCCGCUGGCCCAAAAGGUCCUGUCAAACUUACAAAUGAGCAUAAGAUCAAGAAAGAAGAACCUGAUAAUGAGGAAUUACUUGUCUCUUUGUCCAAUGGCCAACGUGGUACUAUCUAA